UGGCUACACUCUUUCUUCCUUUCUUUAUUUUUAAUCAAAGAAGAAAUACCCAAUAAUAAUAGUAUCAUACAAUGGACUCAAGUCUUAUUAGAACAGUCAAUAAACUUCAGGACGCAUUCUCCACUGUGGGUGUUCACAACCCUGUUGAUUUGCCUCAGAUCGCUGUCAUUGGCUCUCAAUCGAGUGGAAAAAGUUCUGUCCUGGAGAACAUUGUCGGCCGUGAUUUUCUUCCUCGAGGAACUGGUAUCGUUACGCGUCGUCCAUUGAUUCUUCAAUUGAUCAACCGACCGGGAACCUCCAAACCAGCCGAAGGUUCGGAAGACCCAUCCGCUCAUGGCAAUGAUCAUGAAAAUCCCGAUGAAUGGGGAGAGUUCCUCCAUCUUCCAGGACAAAAAUUCCACAAUUUUGAAAAGAUUAGAGAAGAAAUUAUCAAGGAUACCGAACUCAAGACUGGAAAGAACCUUGGCAUCUCCCCUCAACCGAUCAAUUUGCGUAUCUACUCACCCAAUGUUCUUACUCUCACCUUGGUUGAUCUUCCCGGCAUGACUCAGGUGCCUGUUGGUGAUCAGCCAAAGGACAUCGAGAGACAGAUCCGAGACAUGAUCCUCAAGUACAUCACCAAGCCAAAUGCUAUUAUCCUGGCUGUAACAUCUGCAAACACCGAUCUUGCCAAUUCUUCUGGUCUCAAAUUGGCCCGAGAAGUUGAUCCUGAAGGUCUGCGUACCAUUGGUGUACUCACCAAGAUUGAUUUGAUGGACGAGGGUACAGAUGUCAUUGACAUUUUGGCCGGAAGAGUAAUUCCCCUCAAACUCGGUUAUGUUCCCGUGGUUAACCGUGGUCAGAGAGAUAUUGAGCGUAAAAAGUCUAUCUUCAAGGCUCUUGAUUCUGAGAGAGAGUACUUUGAAAAUCACGCUUCAUACAGAAGCAAAGCGAUGUAUUGCGGUACUCCAUUCUUGGCCCGCAAACUUAAUACGAUUCUCAUGCUUCACAUCCGUAAUACCUUGCCAGAAAUUAAAGCCAAGAUUCAAGCCACGUUGGUAAAGUACCAGCAAGAACUCUUACAGUUGGGUGAUCCUUCAGAAGAGAACAACGCAGGAUUGGUCUUGAAUAUCAUCACUGAAUUCUGUACCGAGUUCCGUACUAUUCUUGAUGGUAACUCAAACGAUCUCUCGAGCUUUGAGUUGUCUGGUGGCGCACGUAUCAGCUUUGUGUUCCACGAAGUUUAUUCUAAUGGUGUAAAGAGCAUUGAUCCUCUUGAUCAAAUCAAGGAUGUUGACAUCCGUACCAUUCUUUACAAUUCAUCAGGUUCUUCUCCUGCAUUAUUUGUGGCCACAACUGCAUUUGAGGUCAUCAUCAAACACCAGAUCAAGCGACUUGAAGACCCGAGUGUCAAGUGUAUCAACAUGGUGUAUGAUGAGCUUGUUAGAAUUUUGGGGCAGCUGCUUAACAAACAGUUCUUCAAGCGCUUCCCUACACUAAAGGAAAAAUUCUACCAAGUUGUCUUGUCAUUCUUCAAGAAAGCUUUGACUCCUACCAGCAAGCUUGUCACCGAUUUAGUAGCUAUGGAAUCAUGCUACAUUAAUACCGCACAUCCUGACUUCUUGAAUGGCCACCAAGCCAUUGCUAUGGUCAAUGAUCAAAUCCACAAUAAGCAACAGGCACUUGCUGCUCCCGAAAACCCAAAGAUCAACAAGUCUGCUCAACAAUUAAAUGUACUUCAGGCUAGCAACUCCACUUCUUCUAGCCAGGAAUCUGACACCAAUGGUUCCUUCUUUGGUUCCUUCUUCUCAGGCGGAAAGAAGACCAAGAAACAGUCUGCUGGAAAUGUUAUGGAAGCCCCACCUGCUAUGCUCAAGGCAAUGGGUGCUUUAUCUGAUCGUGAAUAUAUGGAAACCGAAGUCAUCAAGCUUCUGAUUCAAUCAUACUACAAUAUUGUGAAGCGUACAAUGAUUGACAUGGUUCCCAAGGCUGUUAUGCUCAAACUUGUGAACCACGCCAGAGAAGAAUUACAGCGUGAAUUGCUUUCUGAACUCUACAAGCCUGAUGUUCUUGAAGAACUCUUGCAAGAAUCUGAUGUUACUAAGCAGAGACGCAAGGAGUGUAGAAAGAUGAUUGGAGCAUUACAAAAGGCUGACGAAAUUGUUGGUUCUGUUUAAAUAUAUAUAUAUAUCAAAAGAGAGACAGAGAAAGAAAAAAUAUUGAAUGAGGACAAAAGGGAGGAUUUCCUACAAAACCUCCAUACCACUUCAUUCCACUCCAAUUAUUCGCUUUAAUUUCUUUGUUCUUACCUCUCAACUCAUUCUUCAACCAAACCAAUAUCUCCAUCUCUUGAUAUCCUUCCCUUCCCACCCCUUUGCUUCCCUUUGCCAUUCUUCUUUAUGUAAUAACCAAAACAAAAUAAAGAGAAAAAUCCCGAACUUAUUAUACUAUU